CCGGGGGCGGGGACAGCGGAGUCCAGAUGCGGUCGGGGCGGCGCAGGGCUCACACCUCCGCCGAGAAGCGCCGGGAGCAGGACCGCGGGGACGCGCGCACCCGGUUUCCUCCGGGCGUCCCGUCGCUGGAUCAGCGCCGCGCCGGAUCACGGCAACAUGAAGGACCGGCUUGCAGAGCUCUUGGAGUUAUCCAGAAGCUAUGACCAGCAAUUCCCAGACGGGGACGAUGACUUUGACAGUCCCCACGAGGACAUCGUGUUCGAGACCGACCACAUCCUGGAGUCCUUGUACAGGGUCAUCCAGGACAUCCAGGACGAAAAUCAGUUGCUGAUGAUCGACGUGAAGCGCCUGGGGAGGCAGAACGUCCGCUUCCUCACGUCCAUGCGGCGCCUCAGCAGCAUCAAGCGCGACACCAACUCCAUCGCCAAAGCCAUCAAGAGCCGCGGCGAGGGCAUCCACCAGAAGCUGCGCUCCAUGAAGGAGAUGAGCGAGCAGGCAGAGGUCCGGCACGGCUCGCACUCGGCGGUGGCACGCAUCUCGCACGCACAGUACAGCGCGCUGACCCGCGCCUUCCAGCAGGCCAUGUAUGAGUACAACCAAGCCGAGAUGAAACAGCGCGACAACUGCAAGAUCCGCAUCCAACGGCAGCUGGAGAUAAUGGGCAAGGACGUGUCGGGAGAGCAGAUCGAGGACAUGUUCGAGCAGGGCAAGUGGGAUGUGUUCUCCGAGAACCUGCUGGCCGACGUGAAGGGCGCGCGGGCCGCGCUCAACGAGAUCGAGAGCCGCCACCGAGAGCUGCUGAGGCUGGAGGGUCGCAUCCGCGACGUGCACGAGCUCUUCCUGCAGAUGGCUGUGCUGGUAGAGAAGCAGGCAGACACGCUGAACGUCAUCGAGCUCAACGUGCAGAAGACCCUUGACUACACCGGCGAGGCCAAGGCGCAGGUGCGCAAGGCAGUUCAGUACAAGAAAAAGAACCCCUGCAGGACCAUUUGCUGCUUCUGCUGCCCCUGCGUCAACUAGCAGCUGGCUUGGGCCUUCACCACCUGUGCCGUGAAGGAAACGUGUCCAAGAUGCCCAUCAAAGGCAUCCCGCACUGGGCCAAGAGACAGGGUCCCGAUGCCUGCAGAAUUCAGAGGAUAAAGAAAGGUGGGGUUGGUGGGCACGAUUUAGAACCCAGCACUUGCCUAGAAGGAUGGAUGUUAGCAUCCCAUGGGCCGUUAAUGCUGGCAGAUUACCACUGGAGGUGUGUGACGUUAUUAUGAGAUACGGAGCACUGAGCAUCACAGGGAGGAACUAAUGUCGUAGCUAAGGUCAAUGUCUUGAAGACUAAAGGAGGAAGUGAAAUGAACAUAUGCUAAUAGUAUGAGCACAUUAUCAAAAGUUGUCUUCCUUUACCUUCCCUGGGAAGUUUCUUGGUGCUAUUCGAUUUUUGAGUGACAUUCAUUUGGGUAUUUCUAGUUCUGUUCCAACUUUGAGUAGCAUUGACCUUGGGUAAACUGGAUUUCAUUCACUUGUGAUUAUCUAUUUAUGUUGUGUGAGCCCCUGCCUAAAUGGAAACGUUACCUCGGCUCUCUCCCCCCCCCCUUAUUAAACCACACUGAACACAGUUUCCUUAUCUCUCACCUUUAAUAACUUCCACUAGUUGUAUAUAUAUACAUUCAUAUACAUGAAUAAUUUUUCCAAGUGUUUUAAGCACCAAAUACUGAACACGCACUCAAGUUGAACUUUUUUUUAAUCACUCACUUUUUAUGUGUUUUUCACAGAUAACGUCUAUUUAAGAUGUGUCUUUGUACUUAAUUUCUUAUGAAUAUAUGUGUAAAUGUAAACUAAUAUUCACUCACUUGUGUACAUAAUGGCCAAUUGGGUUAGCUCUGCUCUUGUAAAUUCUGUAUUUAAGUAAUAAGAACUUUUUUUUGUGAGUGUCA